ACAGUUGUUGCAUUAGUACAUGUUGAUGCAACGGUCGUUGAUAUUGCGCUACUAAUUUUUGUCAGCCGCGCCAAAUUAGUAUCAAGUUAGGCUUUACCGUAAUAACAACUUCAAAAAUUUUCCUAAAGUGAUUAGUAUAAAUGGAAGCUCCUUCAAAAUAUUCGGAUUACAAUCGUAUUCAACGGCGCGACGCCCAAUUUAUAUUGAACGAGUAUGAAGAAAGGAUGCAAUGGAGAAAAGACGGUACCGAUACUGUUUUGGAUGUCGGUUGUGGAACAGGAGACCUUACAAUCGACAUUAUUUUGACCCAAAUGCCAAAGAAAUUCGGCAAACUGGUCGGAGUUGACAUCUCCCAGGAAAUAAUUGAAUACGCAAAACGAACCCACCAACGCGAAAACAUCUAUUUCGAAGUAUUGGAUAUAGAAAGUGAUGAUGAUGAUAUUCAGCGAUUUUCAAAAAAGCACCCUGAUCGCUUCGAUCAUGUAAUGUCAUUUUACUGUUUACAUUGGGUUCGAAAUCAAACGUAA